CUUUUUUUCUUCAUUCCUUACAAACAAUUAGUUUAAAAUGGCUGACGGUGUUUUCCAAGGUGCUAUUGGUAUCGAUUUAGGUACCACCUACUCGUGUGUUGCUACAUUCGACUCUGCUGUUGAGAUCAUUGCUAACGAGCAGGGUAACAGAGUGACUCCAUCCUUCGUCGCUUUCACUAACGAGGAAAGAUUGAUUGGUGAUGCCGCUAAGAACCAGGCUGCCUUGAACCCAAAGAACACUGUUUUCGAUGCCAAGCGUUUGAUCGGACGUGCCUUCGACGACGAAUCCGUCCAAAAGGACAUCAAGUCGUGGCCAUUCAAGGUUAUCGACUCCAACGGUAACCCACAGAUUGAAGUUGAAUACUUGGAAGAAACCAAGACUUUCUCUCCUCAAGAAAUCUCAUCUAUGGUUUUGACCAAGAUGAAGGAAAUUGCCGAAGCUAAGAUCGGUAAGAAGGUUGAAAAGGCUGUUGUCACUGUUCCAGCUUACUUCAACGAUGCCCAAAGACAAGCCACCAAGGACGCUGGUGCCAUUGCCGGUUUGAACGUUUUGAGAAUCAUCAACGAACCUACUGCUGCUGCCAUUGCCUACGGUUUAGGUGCCGGUAAGUCUGAGAAGGAAAGACAUGUCCUCAUUUUCGACUUGGGUGGUGGUACUUUCGAUGUCUCCUUGUUGAACAUCACCGGUGGUGUUUUCACCGUCAAGGCCACUGCUGGUGACACUCACUUGGGUGGUCAGGAUUUCGACACCAACUUGUUGGAACACUUCAAGAAGGAAUUCCAAAAGAAGACCGGUUUGGACAUCUCUGGUGACGCCAGAGCCUUGAGAAGAUUGAGAACUGCCUGUGAACGUGCUAAGAGAUCCCUUUCUUCUGGUACCCAGACCACUGUCGAAAUCGACUCCUUAUUUGACGGUGAAGACUUCUCCGCCAACAUCACCAGAGCCAGAUUCGAAGACAUUAACUCUGCUCUCUUCAAGUCUACCUUGGACCCAGUCGAACAAGUCUUGAAGGAUGCUAAGAUCUCUAAGGCCAACGUCGACGAAGUCGUCUUGGUUGGUGGUUCCACCAGAAUUCCAAAGGUCCAGAAGUUGUUGUCUGACUUCUUCGACGGUAAGCAAUUGGAAAAGUCUAUUAACCCAGAUGAAGCUGUUGCCUACGGUGCUGCUGUCCAGGGUGCUAUCUUGACUGGUCAAUCCACUUCUGAAGACACCAAGGACUUGUUGUUGUUGGAUGUUAUCCCAUUGUCUUUGGGUGUCGCCAUGCAAGGUAACGUUUUUGCCCCAGUCGUCCCAAGAAACACCACUGUCCCAACCAUUAAGAGAAGAACUUUCACCACCGUUGCUGACCACCAGACCACUGUGCAAUUCCCAGUGUACCAGGGUGAACGUGUCAACUGUUCCGAAAACACCUUGUUGGGUGAGUUCGACUUGAAGAACAUCCCACCAAUGCAAGCUGGUGAACCAGUCUUGGAAGCCAUCUUCGAAGUUGAUGCCAACGGUAUCUUGAAGGUCACUGCUGUCGAAAAAUCCACUGGUAGAUCUGCUAACAUCACCAUCUCCAACUCCAUCGGUAGAUUGUCUUCUGAAGAAAUCGAAAAGAUGAUCUCUGACGCCGAAAAGUUCAAGUCUUCUGACGAUGCCUUUGCCAAGAGACACGAACAAAAGCAAAAGUUGGAAGCCUACGUUGCUUCUGUCGAAUCCACCGUCACUGACCCAGUCUUGUCUGCUAAGUUGAAGAAGUCUGCUAAGGACAGAAUCGAAACUGCCUUGUCUGACGCUUUACAAACCUUAGAAAUUGAAGACUCUUCUGCUGAUGACUACAGAAAGGCCGAAUUGGCCUUGAAGCGUGCCGUCACCAAGGGUAUGUCCACCCGUUAAGUAUAAUUAAAUAUAAUAUUCUUUGUAUAUUUCAUUUUAGUUUAGUUUUCUUAUGGGUCUGCACAAUAUAUACUUCCGUGUU